AUGCCCGUCCGGAAGCCCGCCCUGGUGGACCACAGGCCUGAGGUCGAGAGGCUCGCUGAGGCCAUCGACUUGCGCAUCGGAGGCGCGACCGUCCCGUUCGACGUGCUCCGGGUCAAAGAAAAAGACGGGUGCAAGAUCGUCCACAUCUACGCACACACGCCCGCCGCCGCCGACGACGAGGACGACGGCUUGAGCGUCACAGAGAACGAAACCGACGAUGUCGGUCCGAGCGCUGAGAUCGAGAUCUGCCUAGCCACGGAGAAGUGGUGGAUGAAUGUCACCAGCGAGAUCAUGUACGUUGCCGACGGCAACUGCGAGGACGGCGGCAAAUUCAUUUCUGUGCUGCUUUAUCUGGCUGAACUGAACGACGAGGUGGCCGAGGAGGAGGAGGAGGAGGAGGAGGAAUAUGUCAAGGUAUACCACGGGUUUCAACCUGAGGAGAUCAACCCUUCUUAG